AUGUUGCGCGCUCAUAAGCGUGCCUUUGCACUUGUUCUCAAAGAAGAGACGAACGAUUUUGAAAACCUAGAUGAACUAGAUUUCGUGACACGAUAUCGGCUGUCAAAGAGGUCUGUUCUUCACGUAUUGGAUCGAAUAGAAGAUCAGCUAGAAUACAGUAGUAACAGAAAUAACGGCGUGUCUCCAAUCAACCAACUCCUAUGUACCCUCAGGUUUUAUGCAACUGGGUGCUUUUCAAGGAACGGCAGGAGACCUAUGUGGUGUCAGAGCUGCGACAAUGAAGAAAUUAAGAAGACUCAAAUGAUGUUCUAUCAGAAAGCUAAAUUUUCAAGAGUCAUCGGUGCUGUAGACUGCACCCACAUUAAAUUCUGGCAAUCCCCAGAUAUGUACCCAAAAUUGCUUAUAAGACAGGUAGGUGGUGAAGUACCAGAAUCUUACAGAAACAGAGAAGGCUACUUUUCUCUCAAUGUGCAAGUUAUCUGCAAUUCAAAAUUUAGAAAUCACGGACAUUGUAGCCAGAUAUCCUGGAUGUACUCACGACGCCCGAAUAUGGAGGCAAUGCCAAUGAUCAAGAAAGACAACAGAAAACGUCAAACAUUGGUGGAUGUAUAUUUUGAAAGAAUGGUUAGGUUAUAA